AUGACUCCAGGCUUCGGCUGGAUCAGACGAGGCCGCACAAUGGCGAUGGCUUUGGGGAAGAGAAAGAAGUCUGAUGCUACGGAGAGGGGAGAAUGGUCUGCCCAGGAUGAGGUGAUCGACCUAGGACCGGAGCCAUGUAUUUUCACCUCGACCAUACCAGCGUGGAAUUGCAAGAAUUUGGAACGCCUCGCCAGCAAGACCGUAUCACCACUGGUUUUUGCUCAUGUAAGGGCCAGCACCGAGGGAGCAUUGAGUGACAGUAAUUGCCAUCCUUUCAGCAGAGGAGCAUUGAUGUGGAUGCAUAACGGGGGCAUUGGAGGAUGGAAGCUGGGUGUCAAGAGGAGGCUGGUCACAGACGUUGCAGACAAGUGGUUCGAGGGCGUGAAUGGUAACACCGAUAGCGAGUGGGCAUUCGCGUUAUUCCUGGAUAGUCUCGAGAAGCUUGGUGUCGAUCCAGACGAUGAGAUCAAGCAGCGAGACGGGUUUGGCCAUACUGUGUUGAGGAAGGCUAUGCUGAGGACGAUCGAGCGUAUCAACGAGUAUCGCGAGUCACUGCCAGAAGAGGUUCGCCAAAGCAGCGAUACCAGGAGUCUACUAAACUUUGCAGUGGCCGACGGGAAGACGGUGGUAUGCACAAGAUACGUCAGUAGCAAAACGGACGAAGCAGCCUCGCUCUUCUUCAGUUCUGGAACUAGCUGGAGAGAACAGCCAUCAACGCUAGGCAGCAAGUCCAAGGUCGGCAAAGGCGAAUACAAGAUGGAACGACGUGAUAAAGGCGCAGACAUCGUGCUUGUGGCCAGCGAGCCGCUUACGUUCGAACGCGAUAAUUGGGUCACGGUGCCAACGAAUAGUGUCUUGACCAUCCAUAAUCAGACUGUGCUUAUACAUCCUAUCUUGGACCAAUACUACAAUCACACUCCGAGCUUCGCUAGAAGCUCCCGGUUCGCUGCCGACAAAGGUCAGACUACUGGUGAUGGAAUGGCGGAGAAGAAGAGCGCUAAGGCCGCCAUAGCUCACAAAAGUUCUGCUGAUGAUUUGGCGGCUAGUGUUGGGAGAGUCGCGCUGGCGGUGGCUUGA